CGUCGGUAGAAUUGGAGACUUUUUGGCGGCAGUCGGUUUCUAAGUAUUAAAGUAAAUUUUUCAUCAUGGUUGAAGACAAAAAUCAAAACGUAGAAUUAACGGAUCACGAAGCUGAGUUGUACGAUAGACAAAUUCGUUUGUGGGGCUUAGAAUCACAGAAACGUUUACGGGCAGCUAAGGUAUUAUUAAUAGGCCUAAAUGGGUUUGGAGCAGAAAUAGCAAAAAAUAUUAUUUUAGCUGGUGUUCAAGCAAUUACAUUCUUAGACCAUAGAAAUGAAACAGUUGAAGAUCGAUGUUCACAAUUCUUAGCACCUAGAGAAUUAAUUGGAAAAAAUAGGGCUGAGGCAUCUUUAGAAAGAGCAAAAAAUCUAAACCUUAUGGUUAAUAUUAAAGCAGAUACAUCUAAUGUUGACGAUAAGUCAGAUAUAUAUUUUAGCAACUUUGAUGUGGUCUGUGCAACACAAUGCACUAUUACACAAAUAAAGAGGAUUAACGAAGCGUGUAGAAAGCAUAAAGUGAAAUUUUUCGCUGGAGAUGUAUGGGGAACUUUAGGUUAUACUUUUGCUGAUUUAAUAACUCACGAAUAUGCAGAAGAUGUAGUACAAACAAAGAAAAUACAAAUGUCAGAAAGUGGUGAACCUAUGCAUAAGGAAAAGUUUGAAAAUAUAACUGUAACUGAGAAGCACACAGAUACCUUUGUGCCUUUUGAAUCAAUUUUAAAUAUUACAAAGUCUUCCCUUCCCAAAGAGUCAGAAAUAUAUUAUAUGAUGUUAAUAAUGCUAAAUUAUCGUGAAAAAUACGGUAAAGAUCCAUUACACAGUGAAAGAGGUUCCGAGAAUUUAAAGGCUGAAGCAGCAGCAAUUAUUAAGAAAUAUGAUCUUGAGGAUAAAAUAAAUAAAUUAGUCGAGGGCGAUAUAUAUGCACAAGCUAGUCCAGUAUGUGCUAUAGUUGGCGGUAUUAUGGCGCAAGAAAUAAUUAAAACAGUUUCACAGAAGGGUGCUCCACACAAUAAUCUGUUCACCUUUAAUCCAGACACGUUGUGUGGAAAAAUAUUGAGAUUGGGUCAGUAAUAAUAAUUUUGCAGAAAUGGUAUG